AAAUUAGUUCUAGUGAGUCUGUGAAAGUGUGAGCGACUAUCGGACGACGGCAACGGCAACGACAAGGACGGCGGCGAGUACAACACAACAUCGAGGAGCAGAAUUGACUUUACUUUGUUUCAUGCACAAUCGCGCGUUUACUUAAGCAAUCCAAUCCAACCCACAUUCAAAACACAGCACUCAACAAGUGGAUGAGUUGAACGGAUUUCAAAGAUCAACCGACUGGGCACAAAGACUUCAUAAAAUACGAUUAAUUUAGUGCAAAAGCUGCAAGUGACCUACCUCAGCAGCUUAACUUCAUAAAGAUAAAACGGUCUAACCACUGAAAAUAGCGAAAAAAUAUCCGUCGAUAAACUCGUAUAGCUGAAGAUCGACCGUCUGAUUUAAUAACUGGAACUGGAACACAAACACAAACACGACCACAGUCACGAACACGAACACGUGCAAUAUGUCACAUCAGUGCAGCUGCGGUCGCGAUCUCAACAACAACUAUGUGUCCUAUACGAGCGCAUACGCCAAUGCAAAUGCGGGACUUGACCGGGACUCGAAUGCAAGCACUAGCAACAAAAACAGCGCCUCACAUCACACACAGCUGACGGCCAAGGUGAUGUUCGGCACAGUGGGCGCUAUCAAGGAGCUUCGCGAUAAGGAACAACAACAAACCCGGCAUGCGGCGACUCGCGCCGGCGAACGACGCAACUAAUAGUGAGAGGACUAGGAUGCUAAUCUGGCGUGGACGUGGCUGCAACAGUUAAUAAUAUCCGCCAGGAAAGCAGACAGUCAGGCGGUUAGACGGUCGACGGUUGUGUGAUCUAAGUGCUGUGCGAAAAUUCACAAUAUUUCUGUAUUCACAAAAGUACA